AUGGGCUGGCUGCCUCGGAUUAGCUCCGAGCAGAACCGCUCCAUCUCGAUCCGCUCGGGUAAAAACACUUCGAGCUCGAAUGGCGGCAGCGCCUCGGGAGGUCGUCGUGGCUUUUCGUUUCCAUCCCUGCGCGGCACCACGCAACCAGAGCUCUCGAAGAGGCUCUACCGCCUCAUAAAGUCAGAGAACACGCUCGUCACAGCUCACGAGACGGCUGGCCGUGAGCGCGUCUCUAUCGCGACGCAGCUGUCCGAGUGGGGCGAACAGACGGGUGACGAUGCCAUUUCCGACGUCAGCGACAAGGUUGGCGUGGUUCUCUCGGAGAUUGGCGACCACGAGGACUCAUACGCCCAUGCCAUUGACGAAAGCCGCGACAUCCUGAAGGUGAUCCGUAACACGGAGAAGAGCGUGCAGCCGAGCCGGGAUAGCAAGGCCAAGAUCGCCGAUGAGAUCGCAAAGAUCAAGAGCAGGGAGUCUGACAGUCCUCGCCUCGUGGUGCUCGAGCAGGAGCUCGUCCGCGCCGAGGCUGAAAACCUCGUCGCUGAGGCUCAGUUGUCCAAUAUAACUCGCCAGAAACUGAAGGAGGCAUAUGAGGCUGAGUUUGCGGCGAUCAUCGAACGGGGAGAGAAGCAGAUUGUUCUUGCUCGACACGGGCGGCGCCUGCUUAGACUGCUUGACGACACGCCUGUUGUGCCAGGGGAUACUCGUCCGCCGUAUACGGCAACCGCGCAGGCGCGCCAGAUCCUCAACGAUGCCGAGGACGACCUCCGCGACUGGAAGCCGGAGACGGGCGACUUUGAGAGUAGUACGGCUGGUGCCUCGGGCCAGAACUACGUCCAGGGUGGCGGCAAGAAAUACAGGGACAGUGUUAGUCCUGUCAGCAGCGGGGGCUUCCGGGACAAGGCAGACGACCGGGGCAAAGGGACAUUUGUGGACAACGACAUUGAAAGCCGGCAGGAUCCUCUAACCAUCAAAUAA